AUUUCGUCUUUUUCUUUUCUCUCUUUUCCAAGGACCCAUUGACGCAUUUUCUGCGGAACGCUUUUUGAGUUUUGACUGUCCAGCUUGUCUGCUCUGCUUUUGGGCUGUAGUAUCCUACUACGAAAUGGACGCGGCGCGGCUAGGACACGAAUAUCCCGCGCAGAUCUUGUCACAUGUACUGUCGAUUUCUCUCGCCAUAUUUCUCCCUUAUUUUCCCCCCUACUCUUUCCCCUUAUUCUUUCUCCUUUUCUCUUCCUUGUCUCUUUUCUUUCGGGGCCCGGGGGUGGUGGGUUGGAGAGGGAACAAAGGGACGAUGCUUUGAAGCAUGACACCUGGGCGGAUGGCGGAGCGUUUCAGUAUAUGGUAUAGUAUAAUACAGUAU